CUUACCCUUAAAAGUAUCAGAUGACAGAAUGACAAAAUCACUUGAUUUAAAAAAAUAAUCAUUCGAUAAUCUGUGGACAGCCAUUUUGGAUUUCGAUAUAUAAUGAACAGCAACCGAAAGUAAUGUUUUUUGAUCUACCUGUAAUUUUGUUGUGUAAAAUAAGUUUUGAAUUAGCGGUAAACAUUCGUGCCAGUCGUCCACGUACCUGCUCGAGUUUAGGAUCGUCCUACUUUGGGCUGAAUCCUGCCUCGACGAUCAGCUGUCAGGGACCUUUGACGUGUAGAACACAAACAAAUCUGAUAUUGUUGGGCUGAUAUGCUGUUGUCGAGAUGAGCGGCACGUUUUACGAGCAGCUGGGGGGCGUAGCCGGGAUGUUCGAGCAAUGGGGGGCAUGUGAGAAGACUGUGUUAGCUUGUGCCCUAGCUCGAAGAGUGCCGUGGCCAGGUUUGAAGCUGGUGCAGCGAGCUGUGGAGGCGGCUCUGCAGCACCACGUCGAGGACGAGCGUCUGGAGCGAGACGCGAACGACGAGACGUUGCUGGCGAGCCUCCUCACGCCUAGGACGGAUGAUAACGAGGAUGAGGGUGAGCAACUCCUGCAACUCUUGACCCUUUUGCCACUCCUCCGGACCGACAAUGAGCGGGGCAAGGAUGUGUAUAUGACUGCCACCCCUGCCCUCGUUCAGAGGUGCGUGGACGCGCCUCGGCGGUCGUCUGUGGCACCCGAACUUUGUCGACAGCUACUUUCGUACCUACUAGUCCAUCCAGCCUUAACGGCUCAUGACCAAAGUACAUUAACACAAUGGCUACGUUACCUAGAGAAUCACAUUUCAGGCAAUAGAAAUACAGAAUCAGUAUGGCAACAGCGAAUAGAGCCUUGCCUAUUGCCAGAAACAAACAUUUGGGGCACAAGCAAUUCAUUUAGGAGGACAAUAGGCAAAAAUGUUGAAUUUAGAGGAAUGCUUGACACAUUAGAGUCAUGUUAUACAGAUAUAUUACAGGAAUCCUUUUCCAAAAAUGGCAGGGAUGUAGAUCUUAGUUUAGAAGGUGAAAAACUGAAUUUUGACGCGGCAAUAUCUCAGCCGAAAUCUCAAAGAUCGAAUAGUUUAACUCCUCCAUCAACAAAUUUUAUGCAAAUGUCUUCCUCUGCCGAGAAUCUGAGUGACGAGCCUUUCGUGCAGAAACCGCGAAGUUUUUCACUCUCGAGUGAGCAUAGUUUAGGCCAGAUAAGGCCAAUAAGUAUAAUGUACGGGACGACAGGAAGCGAAACAAGGUUAGAUGAGCUCAAAUCAAAUAAUUAUACGGAACAUCCUGGCAUGUCGACCGUUGCACAGUGGCUAAAGAGUUUGAGGUUACACAAAUAUGUUUGGCUUUUUACGAAUAUCACCUAUGAACAAAUGAUGGCUAUAGAUGAGAAGUACCUUGAAGAAUUAGGUGUAACAAAAGGUGCUCGCCACAAAUUGCUCUUAUCAAUAAAGAAGUUAAACGAACGCCUAGCAACAUUGGAAGCGGUGGAGACGGAGUUAUCUUCAGGCGUGUCGGCGGCGGCCGCGGCAAGGGCUCUCGAACGCCUCCGGGGGGUUUUAGUGAGCCCUAUGCUGCCUACUUCGGAUCUGCCCGUCGCGAUAGUACGCGCUUUGGACACUGCAUCAAAGAGUUUAUGCAACGGCGCGGGCGCGACCGCUCGCGUGCCGACGCUAGCGCCGCCUGACGAGAGCGAGCUCGACUUGCCCGUCGACCCGUUGUCGCUGCACUGCUGGCUGGUGGAAAAGCUCAAAUUCUAUAGAAAAAUUCGUCCGUUCGACAUUUCUCCGCUCCGCUCUGCCUUGAUCGCAACCGGGCCUUUGGGGGUAUUACCACAAAAUAUAACAGAAGACAAACUCCAUACUAAACGCGCUCGAGCCACGCACACAUAG